AUGGCGGCAGCUUGGGGCGAGGUCUGUCGCCAAUGCGUCAAUACUGCGGCAGAAACCCCAGUCCAGAUCUUACUCAUUGCUGCCCUAGCCACUUUGCUGGGACUAUUUGUUCUAUUCUCAUUAUUCAUAUUUUUCGUUGCGCCAGUCCCACGAGAAGCUCUACCUGAAGAAAAGAAGUAUAGAACACUCGCCAAAGAUGGAUCCGUGACAGACCCCGAACCCCUACCCUGCUGGCUCGAAAGCCUAGACACCAAAAAGAGCACUCACAACUCCACCCCAACCCACACAAUCGCACCAGCCGAGCUAUUCAUGUCCGUGGUGGUACCAGCCUACAACGAGGAAGACCGGUUAACCGGCAUGCUAGAAGAAGCCGUCAACUACCUGGAGCACAUGUACGGGCAUACCGCCAGUAUCAUCGCCCGUGCUAGCAGUCCAGGCACAAUGGAGACGCGCUCAAUGCGCAAACGCAAGCCGAACGGGGAUAUCACCAGCGACGCCGCGGGCUCGGCCUCGGACCGCGGCUGGGAGAUCAUCCUCGUCUCCGACGGGUCGACAGACCGCACGGAGGAAGUGGCAUUCCGGUUCGCGCGCGACCACCAGCUCUCUCUACACCCCAAGGGACACGCGGGUCCGUGGACACCCAAGGCUGCGGAGGGCGUUCAUAUCCCGCCGGGCACGAUCCGCGUCGUGAAUUUGACUCAUAACCGCGGCAAGGGCGGCGCGGUUACACACGGUAUGCGCCAUGUCCGUGGGCAGUAUGUUGUCUUCGCGGAUGCGGACGGGGCGAGCAGGUUCGAUGAUCUGGGCAAGCUUGUUGGGGCUUGUCGGGAUGUAGAGGAUGCGAAGGGGCGGGCGGUUGCUGUUGGAUCGCGGGCGCAUAUGGUUGGGAGUGAGGCUGUCGUGAAGCGAUCCAAGCUGCGAAACUUCUUGAUGCACUCGUUCCAUUUGAUUCUACGGCUCAUGACACCUCCUAAAACGGCUACCGUCAAGGAUACACAGUGCGGGUUCAAGCUGUUCUCCCGCAGUGCGCUGCCUUUUAUUGUGCCGUACAUGCAUUCCGAGGGCUGGAUCUUCGAUGUUGAGAUGCUCAUGCUGGCUGAGUUCGCUCAGAUCCCUGUGGCCGAAGUGCCUGUGGGGUGGAGAGAAGUCAAGGGUAGCAAAUUGAAUGUCUUACGAGAUAGUAUUGGCAUGGCUUGGGGUCUGGCUGUUCUGCGGGCAGCUUGGUCGCUGGGUGUUUAUAGACAGCGUUGA